ACGAUGCAGUAGGAAGGAAGAGUAGAGAGAGAAGCAGUGAGAAACCUGCACGUAGAGAGGACAGAGGGAUUAUAAUCAUGUCAGCGUCCUGGAAGCAGCUCUUUUUUCAGAUCCUCCUGCUUCUCAUCUCCUGCAGACACAUCAAUACAAAGACACCUGGCCCAACGUCCCCUCCACUGGAUCCCAUUAGCCCCCUUCCAACACUUGAAAGGAGUUAUGUUCUUAAAGGUGUGAGUCACACUGAGAGAGUUGAACUGUUGAACCCGGUCAACCUGUCCCUGAUGUGUACCUGGGCUGGCAAUCAGAACAAACCCUCAAACAUAACCGGCUUCUGGAGGAAAGAUGGAGAAGAAAUUGAGAACAGCCGUGUCACAGUGCAGUUGGAAAAUGAGCAGUAUAAUCUCAAACAAAAGUUCAGUAUUAUCAGCGAAGAAAACCUUGGAAGUUACUCUUGUGUUUUUGGAGGUGAAGCAAAGAUAGACUUUGAUUUGGCAGCCCCACAGAUUGGUGAUGUUCGGGAUAAACCCAUUGUCAGCUAUGUGGGGGAUUCUGUGGUGAUGACAUGUAAAAUGGAAGAAAACAAACCAAAACCCAACACCUGGAACUGGUAUAUGGCAAAUGAUACAGGAAAGGUGGCAGAUUUUCCCGCUGCAGAGCCUCAAAGGUACGAGAUCAAAAAUGAUGGAUGGAAGACCAAACUGCUGGUUUACAACCUGACGGAGGCUGACUCUGGCUUGUUUUACUGCGGUGCAGUGUACCCCAUCAGCACCACGAUGAGCCACGUGGAGUUGAAGGUCAUCAGUUUCUACGAGCCUCUGAAGCCCUUCAUAGCCAUCGUGGUUGAAGUGAUCGUCCUCGUCGCCGCCAUUCUGCUCUACGAGAGGAGUCAGUCCAAGAAGGACUACACAGCAGCAGGAAAUGGGCCAGGUGACCAAACCAACUCACUGACACCUGGUGAAAAUAAUGCACUCGAGGAAAGCUCUUCAAUGAGACAGCGGAAAGUUUAAAGGUAGCGAUAACUACGGUUCAAAAUGUCCACACAAGUGUGAACAGAGCAGAGCUUUAACGCAAUAAAUCAUUUACUUUUUUAUGAAGUUAUCGAAUAUUUUCACCCAACAAAGUCAAAUUACCACCACUUAAAUUUGUACACAAGUAGCCUCUUGUUUGUAAGAUGUUUUAUAAUUCACUUGAUUUCACAGCAGGAAGUUGGCGUCAUUUCUUUAUUGACAGUGAUGUCAUAGUAGCUGAUAGAGCAAAUCAUGACACUGUGCUCAUCUUCAUUUCCUGUGGAAAAACACACCGCUCUCUGUCAAAAAGCGGAUGUUGUUUUUUUUUAUUUUUGGUAACAAUUUAACCACUGUCCCUCUUUACUUCUGUGAGUAUGCAUUAUGGUUUUUUGAGCAGUGCCUUACAUUCAUUUAAAGCACUUGACAAUUUUACUGUCCUUUAAACAGCUUGGUCACUUUCCAUUUAUUCGGUCUUGCUGUAAUGUGUGGUUAACAUACUGAAUAUCUGUAGUAUCUUAAUAACACGUAAAAAGAUAUGUUAUCAUAUAUGCAGAUGCUUGUGUGUGUUUUAGUCAUGUACAUGUGUAAUGGUGGUCAUAAAAAUCAUCACAUUGUCUGUAUCAUGAUUUCAACUGAGUCUUUGUCAACUUGCAUUUCCUUUAACUAUGUGCCACUGUAAACUAGUAAAUUAAAUGUACAUCCCUCACUGUCAUUCUGCUUUUUUUUAUUAAAUGCUUGUGAUGACCAUC